UAUUGACCUAUGCGAAGGUCAUCUUUGACUUGAGGAAUUUUUGAAAAUGCCCAUCGUAUCCAUCCUACAGUCUGUAUUGUUUCAAAAGCUACAAAAAGAAUAUUCCCAAGAAGAGUUUGAAGAGUUAUGUUUCAGUUAUGGCUUGGAGUUGGAUGAAAUUACCACUGAGAAAGAAAUGGUUACUCGAGAGAAAGGGAUGGAAAAGUCGAAGGGUCUUAGCACGGAGCCAGUGUAUAAAGUCGAAAUUCCUGCCAAUCGAUAUGAUUUACUUUGUCCAGAGGGUUUAUCUCGUGCACUGAUGAUAUUUGAAUCGAAGAUGAAAACUCCACUGUAUACAUGCAUAAAGACUCAAAAUCCUGUACAAAUGCACGUUUUGCCCUCAACUCAGGCUGUUAGACCUUUUGUUGUUGGAGCUAUAUUAAGAAAUAUUGUUCUAGAUAAAUCCCGUUUAAAUAGUUUUAUAGAUCUCCAGGAGAAACUUCAUCAGAAUCUGUGCAGGAAACGAUCCCUGGUAGCUAUAGGAACGCAUGACUUGGACACUAUAAAACCACCUUUCUAUUAUGAUGCCAAACCACCGAAUGACAUCCGAUUUGUCGCAUUGAAUAAAACGGAAGAACAUAAUGCUACUGAGUUAAUGCAAAUUUUCUCUACUGAUCCACAUUUGAAACACUAUCUUCCACUCAUUCAAGAUAAGCCGAAAUAUCCUGUUAUUGUGGAUAGUUCUAAUGUCGUCUUAUCAAUGCCGCCGAUAAUAAACGGUGAACAUUCUCGUAUUACAACAAAAACGCGGAACAUUUUUAUUGAAGCCACUGGAAUCGAUCUGCACAAAGCUAUUGUUGUUUUGGAUACAUUGGUUACAAUGUUUUCAGAGUAUUGUGAAAAACCAUUCACAGCUGAACCAGUAGAAGUAAUUCAACAUGAUGGGAGUCGAUGUCUAUACCCACGUUUAGAUUAUCGUGAUGAAGUUGUCAGUAUCGACUACAUAAAUCGUCAAUUGGGUACAAAGUUCACAGAAGCUGAAGUGACUAGUCUGUUGAAUCGUAUGAGUUUAACAUGUACAUCUAUCCCACCGAAUCAGUCUAUCGAUUCAAAUAUAUCAUCUACUGCUGUAUCACCACCGUCAUCUGGUUUAAUAUCUGUCCGGAUACCACCAACUCGACAUGACAUCCUACAUGCAUGUGAUAUUGCUGAAGAUGUUGGCGUUGCUUACGGUUAUGAUAAUAUACCAGAGAGUUUACCACUGACGUAUUGUUUAGCAGGAAAUCAAGAAUUGAAUCACUUAUCUGAUUUGGUUCGUGCUGAAAUAGCGCAAAUGGGAUUUACUGAGGCGUUAAGUUUCUCACUGUGUUCUCGUGAAGAUAUCAGCAGUAAAUUACGAUAUAAAUUAGAGGAGGUACCAGCUGUGCAUAUAUCGAAUCCAAAAACGCUUGAUUUUCAAGUAGUUCGAACAAGUCUGUUGCCAGGAUUAUUGCACACUUUGGCCAGCAACAGAAGUUUACCACUCCCUCUGAAAUUGUUUGAAGUCCAGGAUGUCGUCUUGAAAGAUCCAUUGAAAGAUGUCGGCGCUUCAAAUCAUCGUCGUGUUUGCGCUGUUCAUUAUAAUAAAAAUUCUGGUUUUGAAAUCAUUCAUGGUUUAUUAGAUCGUCUAAUGCAAUUAUUUCAAGUUGAAUCAGUUCUGUUCAAAACAAAGCCGAAAUUAUCUGGAGAUAAUAGUGAUCCUGUUGAUGAGCAUGAUAAGUCUCAGGCGGGAGGUAUGACUUAUAAGUUACAAGCUACUUCGGAUCCAACUUAUUUAGAUGGACGUUGUGCUAAUAUUAUUUUGGAACCGGGAAAUCGAAUUAUUGGCCGUUUGGGUAUAUUACAUCCUGAAGUGUUGAAGAAUUUCGAAUUAGUGAUGCCGUGUUCUGCUUUAGAUCUAGAUUUGGAAGUGUUUCUUUGAAAAAGGAAUAUCGCUGUCUCUAUUUUAUAUUAUGUAAUUAAUUUUUUUUCGCGGAAAAAAUUAAAAUACUUGGUUCUGUUGUGA